UCGGGCAAGCUAAUCAUAUCACAACUAUUUCCCAAAAAGAAAAUCCGUAGUCUUUAAUUUCCUUUUUUUUUUCUUCUUCUUCUUGUGAUCAUCGAAGGAAACGUGUUUCUGCAUCAACAGAACAAUUACGUUAAUCCGGUCCCAAAAUUGCUGCGUUUUCAAAUCGUCUUCUAGUAUUCUCCUUCGAAUUCGGAGAUCGAGAUUGGUGGUGGUAAAAAAAAAAAUGUUAGAAAAGUGUUUGGGAGCUCAAAGGGCGCGAAGAUUCCACCGAGCUCUCAGGCAUUGCAAGGUCACGAUCCUCUGCCUCGUCCUCACCAUCGUUGUCCUGCGCGGCACCAUCGGCGCCGGAAAAUUCGGCACGCCGGAGCAGGACUUGGUUGACAUUCGCAACCGCUUCUACACCCGCAAGCUCCCCGAACCCCAUCGCCUCCUCGCCGAGCUCCAUUCCACAACGACGCCGUUUGAAAGUUCCACUUCCACCACCAAUUACAACGCCUUCGACAUCAACACCAUCUUGGUCGACGAAACAGAAGACGAGAACCGCGAGAAAGUUAACCCACACGAGGCGUAUCGUCUCGGCCCCAAAAUAUCGAUCUGGGACGAACAGAGAUCUCGCUGGCUUCGCGAGAAUCCCAAUUUCUCGAAUUUCCUUCGACCCAACAAGCCCCGCGUGCUUCUCGUAACUGGGUCGUCGCCGAAACCGUGCGAAAAUCCCGUUGGGGAUCAUUACUUGUUAAAGGCUAUUAAGAACAAAAUUGAUUAUUGUCGUUUGCAUGGGAUUGAGGUGUUCUACAACAUGGCUCUCCUCGACGCUGAAAUGGCAGGGUUUUGGGCGAAGCUUCCUCUGAUAAGGAAGCUUCUUUUGUCGCACCCUGAGGUGGAGUUUCUAUGGUGGAUGGAUAGUGAUGCCAUGUUCACUGACAUGAAGUUUGCGGUGCCGUGGGAGAGGUACAAAGACUCCAACUUGGUGAUGCAUGGGUGGAAUGAGAUGGUUUACGAUGACAAGAAUUGGAUUGGGUUGAACACUGGGAGUUUUUUGUUGAGGAAUUGUCAGUGGUCGUUGGAUAUUCUUGAUGCUUGGGCUCCAAUGGGGCCCAAAGGGAAGGUUAGAGAUGAAGCUGGGAAAGUACUCACGCGUGAGCUUAAGGAUAGGCCUGUUUUUGAAGCUGAUGAUCAAUCUGCGAUGGUUUAUUUGCUGGCUAAGGAGAGGGAGAAGUGGGGUGGGAAGGUUUAUCUUGAGAAUGGUUAUUACUUGCAUGGCUAUUGGGGGAUUUUGGUUGAUAGGUAUGAGGAGAUGAUUGAGAAUUAUCACCCUGGUUUUGGUGACCAUAGGUGGCCAUUGGUGACUCAUUUUGUGGGGUGCAAGCCUUGUGGGAAGUUUGGGGAUUACCCCGUUGAGAGAUGCUUGAAGCAGAUGGAUAGGGCUUUCAAUUUUGGGGAUAAUCAAAUACUGCAUAUUUAUGGGUUCACGCACAAGUCGUUGGGUAGUAGGGGAGUUAAGAGAAUACGGAAUGAGACUAGCAAUCCUCUGGAGGUCAAAGAUGAACUUGGAUUGCUUCAUCCAGCGUUUAAAGCAGUUGAGGUAUCAUAAUCUAAAUGAGCUCCUCUCUUCUUCUUCUCAUGCGGUUAAUUAGUCAGAAAACUCGUCAUGUAAGUGCGUGUUGGUGGAAUUUGUGGCAUAUUUAGUUACAGUCUUUACAGACAUAGAAAUUUUGCUCCUCACGUUUAUUUGUGAGUGAUGGUAUGUUAUGAGAAUAUAUAUACGUUUUUUUUUUUUGGUUAAAUAUUGCUAAUUAUUUUGUAGCCUCUCUCUUUCUUUCUUGGUCUUAAACUUCUCAAUUUAUGUUUGUAGAUUAUUCCUAUCCGUGAAUUGUAACACAUUUUUUAUGAAGUAAUGGAAAAAGUUGCAUGGUGGUUCAUGGUCA